CAAUCUGUCUUAUCGUCUGUCCUCCUCUGCACACACUGUGGUCAUUCCACUCUCCAUCUUCUACAUCUCUGUGGCACAUUUGGACAUGAUUGUGAAGAAAAGCUGAAAUGACUGGAGGAAACCUACCAAAACUAAUAUUCAGAGACUGGAUGGUAAACUAAAAACAGUACUAGAAAAUACAUUUUUUAAAUAUAUAUUUUUGUUGUAGAUCUUUUUUCCUUUGAAUGAAAUCAUGGGCUGCUCGCCAUCAAAAGGAAAGUUAUUUUCAAAACCAGACGGCAUUGAAACUGUGAAGGCUCUGUYGGCUGAAGCACCACAAGAUGUGGACUUUUGCCCUCCAGAGGUGGAAGAUAUGCAUUUGAAACAUACAGAGAAAAAAGAUGAGUCGCUGCUACUCACUGGAAAACAUGAUUCAACAGGAACUACCUGGAUUCAGCUGGACUUGAACACAUCUGCCACAAACCUAGAGAACACUGAAGAAACAGAGGUAAAUACAACGCCCCAGGAAAUCAUGUGUGAUAGUCAGACAGAUGCAAUGAAGAUAGAGAGUCAACAAAAAAAUAAAGGUGAUAAAAAAAUCWUUGAAAAGCAGAGAAAAUCUUCCGUUCAAAGUAAGAUGGACUUCCCACCGAACAUGGUGAGGGCUCACCAGGCUGCCUACACCUUCCUGAACCCAAAUAUUUCCAAAUACGAAACCCUUCUAAGCCUGCUGGACCAGGCUGCUCAGACACAGAUAUCCCUGCAGCCCAUGAUAUCUUCCUUGGUGUUGCAAUUUGAGGAGAUCAACCAGGUGCUGGAGGAGAUAGCUGAGGACGGGGAGCAGAUGUUAAUGGAACAUGGAGACAACAUGGCUCUGCCUUCUGGGAUGUUGGACCAGGUUGUAAAGUCAACUAAACCGAGCAGCAACACAGCAAAUCAUCCUGAUCUACCACCAGAUCUGUUACAGCACCUGCUCCAAAAUUCUGCAGAAAAAAUGAGGCAAGUUGGAGGUUCAGUGCAGACCCUGGGGGACACGACGCUUGUGGAAGCAGUGGAGUAUUUUUCCUCCCUUUCUAAACUGUUGGCCCAAAAGCUGCAGACAAAGCAAGCUGCAGAGCGUCGCCUGGCUCAGGUACUUGCUCAGGUAGAAGUUGCGGCCAUUAGAAAGUCUAAUUCAGUGGAUUCUACCCUGCACAGUGAAGACAGCGGAAUUGGGGGAGAGAACGAGAGCUUGACAGAAUCUGAAAAACAGCGACGCCACAGUAGGAGCACAGGUUCUGGAAGUUGUGGCUCUGAGGGCAUUCAAGAUGCACUAAACAAUUAUUCCAAUCCUUUAGUCAACUCAGUGGGCCAUACUGAAUAUGAUGAAGAACAGGAGGAGGAUGAAGAACAGGAUUAUGAGGAUGAUGAAUAUUGUAGGCCUGAAAGAAAGAGGUCAAGCUCUUCCCCACCAGAUCCCAGUCAAGCUCUUCAAUAUAUGCAGGCAAAUUGCCUUCAGGACCAGCAGCCGACUCUUCAGCGACCUCUGGCUUCAGCCUGGUCUAAACACUCUUCUUCUACCUGCAGCUUAAAUCUGACGACAGAGUUACAGAAGAGCCAGAAAGGACCAGAUCCAAACAGAAAACCUGUUUCUGAAAUACAAGGAAUACAUGAACCAACAAGAGCUGAUCAUAGUUUGCACAGAGCAAGACUGAGACGGCAUUAUUUGAACGGGUCAAACAGAACCCAGGUGGAAUCCGAUCAGCCAUUGUUACCUUUAUUACCACUGUCAGCCAAUAAAUCACCGAAACGUCCUUCAGUCAGAAGGCUCAUCAAUACCUUCAGUCAAGGGACUGAUGGAAGACAAGAACAAAGCUUUUCUAAUGUUCCUACUCACAUUAAAAGACCCAAUAAAAACCGAAUUCUUCUAAUUUCUAACACAGGUAAUAGUAGUAAGGGGGAGAUCAACCGCAAAAACAACACUAACAGCUCGGGUGACAGCAGAGGCGAUCUUGAUGUGGAUAACCUACCCCCUCCACCCUUAGAGGUUCUGAUGGACAAUUCCUUCCAGAGUAACGAGGGCCAACCACAAAGUGAGGAAGAGCUGCAGGAAGCUACCAUUCAGAACCUCCCAGUCAUAAACCAGAAAACUGGGAUUUACCAGCGCCGAAAAAUAACCAUCCAGAAAGUAGAUCUUCUACCAAACAGAGUCAACAUAAGGCCAGGGUCACUGUCUAUCAGAUCUGCUGGUUCUGUUGGACCGGAGACUAUCACCAGGGCACAACUGGAAACAGAUGUUGAUGAAGAAACUGAGAAAGCCAACAGUCUCUACCAGCAGGCAAGGAAAAUUAUUCACCUGUGCAAUGCUGCCGAACAUCCUGACAAGCCAAGUUAUGUUCAGUUCAGUCAAGCCAGAAUGGGUCAGAAGUUUGAAAACAAUGAAACAUGUGAGUCUGAGAUGUCCCCUUGCAGUCUGCCUGUGACAGCACCACCUGUCUCCAGAGUCCGCUUACCACCAUCAUGUCCUUCUGUGCGCCACAGAUUUCCAAGCCCCCCUGCAUUUAAACCUCAGUUCACCUCUAGACCUUCAUCUCGUCCCAGCUCUCCACGAACAAUCAUGAGUGCCGCUGAUCACGUCACUGAAGAGAUUAUCCCAUCUGUGUCUUUUCAAGAUGCUCGCUCAUUCUUCUGUCAAAAUGAGCUGCAAAAUUCUCAAUCUGGCCUCUUGUUCGGUAGUCCUGUUCCUCCCAGAGCACAGGGAGAAGCUUCCCGAGGCAGGCUGCUCAUAAGAAAAACAAAUGGCUCAACCCGUCGCACACAGUCUGAACAAAGGUCCACUGGGAUGCCCCAUGCAGAGUCUGAAACCAGUAUGGGUUUCAGGCAGGCCAGGGGGAGAGAGCCAACACAAAAUUAAGCUUCGCAGCGGGCGCUUUCAUGUCCGCAGCCGACAGACCCCCCCACCCCACCCCACCCCACCGCGCAGGUGCAAGUUGUACGGAUUCUUUGCAAAAUUUAUGGAUUUUUGUGGCUCUUUAUACAGGUAAACAUCUGAAGAGGUUGACAUGUGUGGUGAUUCUAAUCAUACAGAUCUAUCUCAAUCUUUCAAAGUUUACUAAGGUUCGCUUUAUCACCACAAUUGUKUUUGCUCACCACUGAAGGACCUGUCUUUGUGUUUCUGUCUGCAUCAUUAGUAAGAUAUCUCACCAACUAUUGAGCAGGUUUUUAUGAAACUCUCAGAAAGUUAUCAUUCAGUUGACAAUUGCAUCUGGUUAACUUUCGGAGACAACACAAGUCAAGAUAGCAACCAAAGCUAACUGACCUCAGAAAAUACAAAAAUGCUGGCUAUUUUUUAAUAAAAUAAUAUUGUGAUUUUUUUGCAGCACAUUUUUACAUUUUUUAUAUAACAUCAGUUUAUUUUACAAUUGUUUCUCUGUGUCACCAUUCAUUCCUGUUCCCAGUCAAUCCUGCCCCAUUCACAC